CUUCACUUCUUCCCCAACAACACCCCCGGAGACGAGCAGCAGCCAUGCCCCAGAACGAGUACAUCGAGCGCUGGACGAAGCAGCACGGCAAGCGCUUCGACCACGACGAACGCAAGCGCAAGCGCAUAGCCCGAGAAGGCCACGAUGGGUCCAAGAAAGCGCAAAACUACCGCGGCCUGCGCGCCAAGCUGUACGCCGAGAAGCGGCGCAAGGAGAAGAUCCAGAUGAAGAAGACGAUCCGCGCGCACGAGGAACGCAACCUCAAGACCUCGGAGCCCGCCGAGCCCGCCACCGAAGCCCUGCCGCAGUACCUGCUCGACCGCUCCAACGAGAAGAACGCAAAGGCCCUGUCCUCGGCCAUCAAGCAGAAGCGCAAUGAGAAGGCUGCUCGCUUCUCCGUGCCCCUGCCAAAGGUCAAGGGUAUCUCCGAGGAGGAGAUGUUCAGCGUUGUCAAGACGGGAAAGAAGACGCAUAAGAAGAGCUGGAAGCGUAUGAUCACCAAGCCUACGUUUGUGGGGCCCGGCUUCACGCGCAGACCUGUCAAGUAUGAGCGCUUCAUCAGGCCCAUGGGACUGAGGUACAAGAAGGCAAACGUCACACACCCGGAGUUGAGCGUCACUGUUCAGCUGCCUAUCAUCUCUGUCAAGAAGAACCCCCAGAACCCGCUGUAUACGCAGCUCGGCGUCUUGACAAAGGGAACUAUCAUCGAGGUCAAUGUUUCUGAGUUGGGCCUCGUGACGGCUGGUGGAAAGGUCGUCUGGGGUCGUUAUGCUCAGGUUACCAAUAACCCCGAAAACGACGGCUGCUUGAACGCCGUGCUGCUGGUUUAAAUUUAACAUGUUGGGGCAACGAAUAUAAAAUAUCGAAAAACUAUGCAUCUCCAUGGCGUUUGAGGGACUGACGAUUCCACGGCGUUUGGGCGACGAUGAGAAAACUGCGUGCGUGCGUGUGUUGGAUGGAAUGGAAUGAAAUGGAAUGGGAUUUACGAGGCAUUGCGCUGAUGAAGUAACCUGACGCCUUGAGAGAUUAACCUGUGGGUUGGCAUCUGGCCAACGUGGGGAAAAGAUAUGCAGAUAGGAUAGGAUAGGAAAUGAUACCAUGCUAAAGCAAGAGU